CAAAGUUGCAGCCCCGUUUUUGCUUCUUGGCAGGUCUUCCGGGAACAGGCCAUCGAUGGCGAGACCCUGCCACUCUUGACCGAAGAGCAUUUACUCAACCACAUGGGCUUAAAACUAGGCCCGGCAUUGAAAAUAAGGUCACAGGUAGCCAAGAGGGUGGGCCGGGUGUUGUAUAUGGCCAGUUUCCCGGUGGCUUUCCCACUGCAGCCGCCCGGCCUGCGACCCGCCGACUGCAACCUUCCUCCCGCGGAGCUUCGCCCACCCUCCACCGGAAGCGUGGCCUCGUCCCCCUUCGGAGGGACGCUUCUCCCCAGCCGGGUCUCCCCCAAGCAGGAAAAUGGGACUUCUCUCUUGGCGCUGGGCGAUGCCCCCAAGCCCCCUUCGUAACGCCUGGAUUCUCCGCCAUCGGACAUCUCACCGAAGAAGGAAGUUUCCCCCCCACCAAGAGGCCGUGUGGAAAUCUGCUAAAAUAUUCGUAUUUGGGGGGGUGGGUGGAGGAAAUAAAGACUCGGCGGGGUGGUUUUUUUUUGUUUUAAUUAGGGUGGGGAAACUGCUCCAAAGAAACCUUGGAAAGAAGACACACUUGGAGAAGGAAAAACGGCUCUGCAAACUGGCCAUGGAGGGGCAAGGGACCCCCCCUCCUCCCCUCUGCCUUUUUUGCGGAGGGGAGUGUGGAAUCUCAUCCCUGGCUGGAACCAGUACAGCGCCCCUUUCUUGGGGAGGGGGGGGCGCAGGCCGGGGAGGUCUAUGCAUCGCUAGCAGCUUUUGAAUUAAUACCAAAGACAGACAAAGUGAUCCAGUGUCCAAACUCCACUCCAUGAUAUUUUUUUUUUAAUUAUUAUUAUUUUUAUUAUUUUUAUUCGGAUGGUACAGCACAGCCAGUCCUGUGUGGGGCUAUCUUCUUCCUUUCUCUCUCUCUCUCUCUCUC